ACUCAUUAUUUUCAGGAACUGCAUACAUAUAAAAUAUAGUUAUAUACUAUGUGUAACAAGAGUUAUUGUAAGUCUAAUGGAAAAUCAUUGUGUCCUCAUAAUCAAGUGAUAAGUGAAAGCAACUCACAUAAGGAUUUGGAGAGUUUGGUUUAUGUUGAAAACCAAAAUAAUGUGAAAUCCAACACCUCUUUUCUUCAUGCUGUUAUCAAUAUGAUUGGAAUGCUUAUAGGUCUUGGACAAUUAUCAACUCCAUAUGCUUUAGAAAAUGGAGGCUGGAUCUCUUCAAUUCUACUUAUAGGGCUUGGAAUAAUAUGUGCUUAUACUUCCUAUCUUCUUGGAAAAUGCUUACAAAAAAAUCCUAAAUCAAAAGAUUAUAAAGACAUUGGCCAUCAAGCAUUUGGAACAAAAGGGAGAAUCAUAGUCACAUCUUUUAUAUACUUUGAAAUUUUCAUGGCUCUUAUUUCCUAUACAAUUUCUUUACACGACAACUUGUCCAUUGUGUUCAUAAACACAAAUUUAACAUUAAAAGGGAUUUUAAUUCACUUAUCUACUUCACAAAUAUUGACAAUAAUAGCCAUUCUUGUUGCUCUUCCUAGUCUUUGGCUUAGAAAUUUUUCUUCUAUUUCUUUUCUUUCAAGUGUGGGAAUUUUUUUGUCAUUUUUGAUAUUUGUGACAGUGGCACUUACUGCUAUUUUUGGUGGUAUAAAAGCUAAACAUGAAAUACCAAUUAUUCAUUUGCAAAAUAUUAGUUCAAUAUCUGGACUCUAUGUUUUUAGCUAUGGUGGUCAUAUUGUUUUUCCUAAUAUCUACACAGCUAUGAAAGACGCUUCAAAGUAUACCAAGGUAUCAAUUGUGAGCUUCUCAUUAGUGACAACACUAUAUGUAUCAUUAGCUUUCAUGGGAGCAAAACUCUUUGGUCCACAAGUGAGUUCACAAAUAACUCUAAGUAUGCCUCAUGACAAAAUCAUCACAAAAAUUGCAUUAUGGGCAACAAUACUCACACCAAUGACAAAAUAUGCAUUGGAAUUUGCACCAUUUGCUAUUGAGCUUGAAGAAAAUUUGCCAUCUUCAAUGAAAUCUAAAGUCAAGAUGAUGAUAAGAGGACUUGUUGGAUCAAUUUUGUUACUGGUAAUCUUGAUUUUGGCUCUUUGUGUGCCAUAUUUUGAACAUGUUCUUAGUCUCACUGGCUCAUUAGUUAGUGUUGGGAUAUGUCUCAUUUUCCCUUGUGCUUUUUACACUAAGAUUUUCUGGGGUGAAAUUUCGAAAAAGGGCUUGGUUCUUAAUGUUGUUCUCAUCAUUAUCGGUGUGUUUUUGGGAGUUGUUGGAACUGUUUCUUCUUCUAAGUUGCUGGUGAGAAGUCUAAAAAGGGCUCAUGAUUGACACAC